AUGCUUAGAACCCACAGAACUCUUCUGAGAUUUGGAAAAAGGUUUCAUUCGGCGUAUGAUGGAACUGCCUAUACGGGCCAGUUUGCGGAAUCAUACCGCAAAGAUAUCGAACCGGUAAAGCUUGCAUUUGAGAAGCAUUCUUCGCCUGGUAGCCAGCACGAUAAACCAAGUAUUAUUUUUGCCCAUGGGCUAUUCGGAAGUAAGAUGAAUAAUAGAACUGUCAGCAAAACUUUAGCUUCAAUGCUGAAGCGAGAUGUGUAUUGUGUAGAUCUCAGAAACCAUGGAGACUCUCCCCACAACGAAAGACAUGAUUAUCCAGCAUUAUCAAGUGAUCUAGAGUUAUUUGUUAAAGAUCAUAAGUUGGAGAAGCCUAUUUUGAUCGGUCACUCUAUGGGGGCCAAAGCUGCUAUGGCGUUUGCUCUUCGAAACCCUACGACUCCAUCUGCUAUUAUUUCUGUUGAUAACGCCCCUGUUGACGCCUCAGGUGGUCAAAGCCAGUUUGGCAAGUAUGUUAAUUGCCUUCAACAAAUUGUUUCCCAAACCGGACUUAAUGCAAUAAAGACAACCAAGGAAGCUGACGCAAAACUUUCUCAAGUGGAGCCUGACAUUGCCGUUCGACAAUUCCUAUUAACCAAUUUACGAAGGAAAUCAAAAUGUUCAAAUUCAGAACCUGGCUUGUACAGCAAGAUCGGAUUAGAUUUCAUAGGAAAAUCGCUGGACUCGGUGGCAGCAUUUCCCUUUGACCCUCGUGCCAGUACUUGGUCAGGCCCUGCUUUGUUUAUUAGAGGCGAUAGAUCGCCAUUUGUCAGUGAUGAAAAAUUGCUAGCAUGUGCUGCGUUCUUUCCUCGCUUUGAGAUCAAGGACGUCCACGAUGCUGGACAUUGGGUAAUUAGUGAGAAACCCCAAGAGUUUGUCAGAUUGGUGAUUGAAUGGAUAAACCUCCUGGAUGAUGGAAGUCUGGAGGAUUUAUUAUGA